AUGAAAAGCGACAGGAAAUGUGACAAAACUCUGAGCACAACGAAAUUGUUAAUAUUAGUUACAUUGGGCUUUAUUUUGCUCGCCAUCCCUCUGGUCUUGUUGGCUAUAGAUCCUGUAUUUCUCAUAUACAAAUAUGUGGCAAGGAUAUCGAAUGGGACUGAAUUCUACAAUGUCAUGAAACAAGAGAACCCUGGAGCUCGUAUAGAACUCUACAUUUUCAAUGUAACCAACACGGAAUCUUUCCUGUCUGGUAAAGAUUACAAGAUGAAAGUGGAAGAAGUUGGUCCAUUUAACUAUCAGGAAUAUCGAACAAAUAAGCAGUUCAAAUUUGAUGAAAAGACGGGGCUGAUGAGCUACAUCCCAUUCACCAGGACCGAGUUUCUACCGCAUCUGUCUGUGGGGGACCCUAAGCUAAUCAAUGUCACUGUGCCCAAUGCGGCGAUCUUGGCCAUGUCAUCUAUGGUAUCUACCUUUCCAUUUUGGACCAAAGCUGCAUUCAACAUGCUUGCCACCAGGUUACAGUCUAAGCCCAUCGUUAAGCUGAACGCAGAGAGCCUUCUCUGGGGCUAUGAGGACCCAUUGAUCACGUUGGGCAAUACCAUACUGCCAGGAUGGAUCCACUUUAAAAGUAUUGGAAUUUUAGAUCGGCUCUACGACCAAACUCAAAUACCAGUUCUGGAAGUCAGCGCCAGAAAUGAAGAAAAAUUUAAAGUGAAAAGUGUUGACGGGUGCCAAGGAUUGAAAGUAUUGGGCUUCGAUAAUCCGAGCAUGCGAAGCCGCUGCAAUACUUUUGAAGACACAUAUGAAGGAUUUGCCUACCCUCCCGGCUUGACUAAGGAUGAUCGGCUCAGGCUUUAUCGAAGCAUUUUCUGUCGAAUGCUAGACUUCGAUUUAGUAAGAACCGACUCCACAGAUGUCAGCCCCUACGUUUUCGUAUAUGAAAUUAGUAACACCACUUAUUCUAUCAAUCAGAAUAACGAAUGUCUUUGUGCCAACAAAGACCAAUGUAUCGAUGGAGUUUCAAGUAUUUCACCAUGCUUACAGGGUCUAGGAAUAGGUCUAUCAAAUGCACAUUUUUUACAUGCUGAUCCGAAAAUAUACGAACGCAUCGACGGCAUGAACCCCAACGUAGAGAAGCAUGGUAGCAAAAUAGUCAUCGAUCCUAAAGUCGGGCUAGUCCUGAGUACGUCAUUUACCAUACAAGUUAAUGUAAUAGUACAAAAUGUUAACUUUAAUUCGCAAGUGAAGCCGUUUUCAAACAUGGUGGUGCCUUUAGCUUAUUUUAAAAUUAUUUCAAGCUUAACAGACGAAAAUAAAAACAACGUUAAAGCUAUCUAUUACUUAUAUCCAUACAUUUUCCACGCGAUAGAAACUAUAGCGUUGUUAUUGGGAGUGGUUACUAUAGCGUACGCAGUGUGUCGAACAGAUUGGAGCUGGUAUAAAAAAAGUAAAUUUCAGGAAAAACAUAAAAAUGUAGCUCCAAUUUCAUCAGAAACACCUUUAAUUAACGAAAACAAUAAGGAUUGUAUGGAAUCUGAAUCCGAGGUUUCUGUAUCACUUGAUGAAUAUUCUACGCUAGACUUCUUCCAUCUUCUUUUGUCAGCUUCAAUUAUCUUUUUAAUCACAUGUAGUGGUGGAUGGCGAUGGAUUACUGGUUCAAAGACAGUUCGAGCUGGUAUUAUGACGGGUGGAGGAGGUAUAGGAUACAACAAUGGA